AACUCGAAGUCUGUAAGCAUUUAAACUCACAACCUUGCACUUUAUCACUUUCCCUUACCAUUAUGUCCCAAUUUCCAGACUACUACGCAAUUCUAGGAAUAACCCAGAGUGCCAGUCAGGAUGACGUUCGAACAGCUUACAAGAAAGAAAGUCUAAGGACACACCCUGAUAGGCUUGUCAAAGCUUCACCGGCACAGAAGAAAUUAGCCACGGAACGAUUUCAAGCUGUAGCAGAUGCCUAUUACAUGCUUUCUGAUGCAACAAGGAGAAAAGAAUACGAUUCUCUACGUGCAUCUAAAACACCCAACGAACGCAGCACAGACUCCAAGUCUUCCUACAAUUUUUUCUCGCAGUUUUUCGGUGGCAGUAGCGCUGGUACACAAGCGGAAGCCAAUCAGCAACCUAAUGCUGAAGGUGUGUUCACUGACGUCUUUGAAGAGCUCCUACGUCCCGAGGUCGAACGUCGAUUCCCGCUGUGGGGUUACGUUGGUGCUGCUUGUGGAGGAGGUAUUGGAUUCAUAAUUGCUAAUGUGCCCGGCGCCAUGCUCGGUGCAUUCGCAGGAAAUCGACUAGGCUCUAUUAGAGAUGCUAAAGGAAAGAGUGUCGCUUCGGUUUUCAAUGAAUUAGGAGGGAGCCAGAAAAUCUUGCGUGCUUUAGCUAUGAAGGUCCUUGGCUCUGCACUCUAA